CUGGUGGGCGGGGCCACGGCUUUGACGCUCCGAGCGGCGGCUGCUGCGCCGAGCAGCAUGUCGGGCCUCGGAGCGGGUUCCGGGUCUUUGGAGGCCGUCGCGGAGGCGGAGGCGGCCGAGCUGCUGCCCUUUCUGAGGCCCGGCACGCGUACUGACUUGCAGGCGGCGGCGGCGCAGCACGUGCUGGCGCUGACCGGCGCGGGCCCGGGCCGCUGGCUACUGGCGCGGCAGGCGGCUCUCGUGCGGGCGGUGGCCGAGCUGGCUGCGACCCCGGCCCCGGCUCCUUCCCGUGACGCCGGCCGCGCGCUAGUGAACUUGGCCGCCGAGCCGGGUCUGCACGAGCUGCUGCUGGCGGCCGACCCCGAGCUGCCCGGCCGCCUGCUGGACUGCGCGUUGGACCCUCUGUGGCCCUGGGCGGAGGAAGCGGCCGCCGCGCUUGCCAACCUGAGCCGCGAGCCUGUGGCGUGUGCCGCGGUGAUGGGGAAGCUGGCGGCCGCGGAGCCGGGGCAGCCAGAUCUGGAGCGGCUGGUGCACGCGCUGUGCACGCCCAGCUACAAUGCGGGCGCGCGGCUGCAUUAUCUGGGGCCGCUGCUCUCUAACCUCAGCCAGCGCGCAGAGGUGCGUGCCUUUCUGCUGGACCCGGACAGGUGCGUGGUCCAGCGGCUGCUGCCUCUAACCCAGUACACAGACUCCUCGGUGCGCAGGGGCGGAGUGGUGGGAACACUUCGGAAUUGCUGCUUCGAGCAUCGACACCACAAAUGGUUGCUGGGACCUCAAGUCGACAUUCUCCCCUUCUUGCUUCUGCCCUUGGCUGGGCCUGAGGAGUUCUCCGAGGAAGAAAUGGACCAGCUGCCUGUUGAUUUGCAGUACUUGUCACCAGACAAGCAGCGAGAGUCAGAUGCUGACAUCCGAAAGAUGCUCAUUGAAGCCAUCAUGCUGCUGACAGCCACUGCGCCUGGUCGGAAGCAGGUGCGGGACCAGGGGUCCUACUUGAUCCUUCGGGAGCUACACAGCUGGGAGCCAGAACCUGAUGUUCAGGUGGCUUGUGAGAAGCUUAUCCAGGUGCUUAUUGGUGAUGAGCCAGAGCAUGGUUUGGAAAACCUCCUGGAGGUGCAGGUUCCUGAGGAUGUGGAGCAGCAGCUGCAGCGUCUGGACCAGCGAGAACGAGAGCUGGCUCAACAGCUAAGAGGAGAGGGUGCCUCACCUACCUGAGGCCCCUUUGGCCUGACUGCUAACUCCAGAUCCACCUUUGCCAGGGUUCCCACAAGUUUCUAGGGCAAAUGUUCAGUAAGGAUUGAGAAUAAGGUCCAAUUCUGUGCCCCAUUGCACCCAGCAGGAAUGCAGGUUGUUCAGAGCUGCACCAUUCAAUCAGAGCUGGCCAGGCAUAUGAGGCAGGUCAUAAUGACUGCUGGAGCCAUGAAGAGCCUAUUUCCAGGCAGUGGUGGGGCUGCAUAGAAAACACUGCAAGCUCUUGGGAACCAGCUAGAGCUUCCCACCCCUGAAGGCACUGAAGGAUCUGGGCAUGAGCAGCCUUGGAUGUAUAAGCAGUGCUCCUGCUGUGAGCCUCAUCCUCUGGGAUCCCUUCUGCUUGCCACCUUGGCAGACCGCAAUGGAUCCCAGGGUCUCUUUCCAGGAGUCUACCCUCUAGGCCUGUCUUUGGAUCAGUUGCUGGGUGCUGCUUCCCCUUUAUGAUCUCCAUUUCCCCUUAUCACCUGUGACACAGGGCCCUGCCUUUAACCUUUAAUUGACUUCCUCAGUCCCAGAUGGAAGUGGUGUUCUCACCUAACCAUUUAGAUAGGAUAUGCGCCUUGGUCAGCUUUCUCUUGCACCUCAGUUGCCUUUCAAGACAUCCAGACCCUCUUCCUGGUCACCUUACCUACCUCUGCAGAGAUUUUCCUGUGUGUGCCUGCAGCAGCCUUUUCUUCUCGACAUACCUCUCCCAUCCACUGUUUGCUCCUCCUCUAGAGCCAUGUGUACCUCUCCUCUCCCAGUUCAGUAGGUAUCACAGCAGCUCUUACCCCACUCUUCCAGAACCUCAACUCUUGCUCUACCUGUGUGAGGCUUUUGUGUGCUGGCCUAUUAGAAUGGGUCCUCCCAGGCCCCUGAGACCUGAUGGAGCUUUGUUAGUCUUCAUGGGUGUUUGCAGUGACUGACUUGACACUUCUGAAGCUGGAGGACUGUUUUGCCUUGUGUUUUAUCCCAUGACUUGGUGUUUCAUUGUGUGCCAGGAGUCUCCCCAGGGAGCCUUCCAGCCUGCCAUUAAAGCUCUGACACUCUAG